CUUGUUCGCGCACACAUGCCUCAUGCGUCAUGUGCCUUUGGUCUUGCGUGUCAACAUGGCGGCAUCCAUGGCAUCCCAGGCUGCAGCAAGAGGACUGAGGACGGCUACCUCAAAACACAUACUUCUGGACAAACUCAAGUGCACCUGGUCGAGUCCCAGGAGAUGGCUGAAUCUACAAGAGUACCAGAGCAAGAAGCUGAUGCAAGAGAGUGGCGUGGCCGUCCAACGCUUCUAUGUGGCCGACACAGCUUCUGAGGCCCUGGAAGCUGCAAAGAGACUCAAUGCCAAAGAGAUUGUGCUGAAAGCUCAGAUCCUGGCUGGUGGCAGAGGCAAGGGUGUGUUCGACAGUGGCCUUAAAGGCGGAGUGCACUUAACUAAGGACCCUGCAGUAGUUGGUGAGCUGGCCAAUAAGAUGCUGGGUUUCAAUCUGACUACUAAGCAGACACCGAAAGAUGGAGUGAAAGUGAAAACGGUGAUGGUUGCUGAGGCCCUGGACAUUAGCAGGGAGACCUAUUUUGCCAUCCUAAUGGACCGCUCCUGUAAUGGUCCUGUCAUGGUAGGAAGCCCCCAGGGAGGUAUGGAUAUCGAGGAGGUAGCCGCCAGCUCCCCAGAACUCAUCUUUAAGGAAGUCAUAGAUAUUUUUCAAGGUGUGCGAGACGACCAGGCACUUGGUAUGGCAGCUAAUUUGGGUUUCAAAGGACCUCUGCAGAGACAGGCAGCAGAUCAGAUUAAGAGGCUCUAUGAUCUGUUCCUGAAAGUCGACGCCACUCAAGUCGAAGUCAAUCCUCUUGGAGAGACUCCCGAAGGACAAGUGGUUUGCUUUGAUGCCAAGAUCAACUUUGACGACAACGCCGAGUUCCGUCAGAAGGCUGUGUUUGCUAUGGAUGACAUGACUGAGAGCGACCCCACAGAGAUGGAGGCAGCCAAGUGGGACCUCAAAUAUAUCGGACUGGACGGAAACAUCGCCUGCUUUGUGAAUGGAGCCGGUUUGGCUAUGGCCACAUGUGACAUCAUUGACCUGCAUGGAGGAAAACCGGCCAACUUCCUGGACCUGGGGGGCGGAGUCAAGGAGAGACAGGUGUAUGAGGCUUUUAAGCUGCUCACCGCUGACCCGAAGGUCGAAGCAAUCCUCGUCAACAUCUUUGGGGGCAUUGUCAAUUGUGCCAUCAUUGCCAACGGCAUCACCAAAGCCUGCCGAGAGCUGGAGCUGAAGGUGCCGCUGGUGGUCAGGCUUGAAGGGACCAACGUCCAUGAGGCGAAGAGGAUUCUGACUGAGAGCGGCCUGCCCAUCACUGCAGCGGAAAAUCUGGAUGACGCUGCCAAGAAAGCAGUGGCCGCCAUCAAGAAAUAGAAAACUCUGUGAAACCUCACUACACUCUGUCCGCCCAUCACUAACAUUCAUGUCAGCCUUAGCUCAUCACCAUCAGACUUUUUCUUACACAUGCAGAUCUCAGAUUCUUAAGCCUUUGUUCUUACAGGCCUUUUAACGUGAGCAAAUGUUUUUCACUUUCAACUGAGCAUCCAUAUCACAUUUCCUAAAGGUGGUGUUUGACGCCGUACAGAAUUCAACUUUUCUAAUUUUUGCCUUUGUGAAGUGCAAAUUAGCUGCUUUUAAUUUCUAAUCAUUUCUCCCCUUUAAAUGCAUAUUAAUUGGGAGAAUCACUUUCUGGCUUCUUGUUAGUUUACAUUAUUAAAGUCAGCAUAAUUCUGUCCUAAAAGCUCUUGUGACAUCUGUCAGCGGUUAGAUGGAGAGCCAACACUUUGUGCAUUCCAUUUUCUUAUGCAAAAUGCAGCUUUCUCUCUACAGAUUGUUUCAUUUUAAUGGAAUAUUAACUGAGAAAGACAUUUUCCAUUUUCACGUCCAGCCUUUGUGUACGAUACUUUAAAGUCACAGACUGAAAAAAGGCGAUUCCUGAGCUGUGAAAGCGUUCAUUGGCACCAGCUAUAACUAAAACUAAUGGAAGCAGUGCAGUGAGCAGUAAGCUUUGAAUCAAUCAGUCUGUUUACUUUGUUGUCCAAGUUAGUUGCGAAGUCUCCAACGAGGUAUGAAGUACCCACUCUGUGAAUUUGUACAUCAUGUCUUAUUUAUAAAGUGCUGCGAUCAUAUUCUGUAUUGCCUGCUUUAAUAUGUGCCUAUUAAAUGCAGGCUGAACGGGUUUGUGAACAAUCUUGGCAACGCUUUCAUUUCCAGCAAUAGUUUCUCACAGAGGUGUUAAGAAAACGAAUCAGAAAAACUAAUUGUAUUUAGCUUUUUUUAAAUAAUCAUGAAUGUAUAUUGACAGGAUCUCUGAAAUGCAGUGUGAAAACUGUGUAUAUAAUUUGAGAUAAUAAAAAAACAAAUGUUUCGAGAUGA